CAAUUUUAUUUGCAGGUUGAUCCAGCAAAAGAAAUAUACUGGGCCCAUGUCAGUUCUGAUGCCUGCAGGUUAGCAUUACUUUGGAAACAUGGUGGCAUUUACAUGGACACUGAUUUCAUAUCACUUCGACCCAUACCACAUCACAACUUUCUGGCUGCAGAGUCAAAGCAGUAUUCUAGCAAUGCUGUUUUAGGUUUCUCUUCCCACCAUGAGUUCACCUGGAAAUGUAUGGAAGACUUUGUUAAAAAUUAUCGUGGUGACAUAUGGGGCUACCAAGGGCCAUUUUUGUUUACUCGUAUUCGAAAUCAGUUUUGUAAUAUGGCUUCCUUUAAUGGAAAAGAGGAUUUUAUGUGUGGCAAUAUCACUAUCUUGAGCCCUGAACAUUUUUAUCCUAUUGGACCCGGAUCAUUCAAUCGGUACUAUGAAGUUUGGGACAAGGAACCGACCUUUGACAUUUGUUAUGCUCUGCAUCUCUGGAAUUAUGCAAAUCGAGGGGAUCAUAGGACAAUGGUCCCUGGAAGUAACACACUGGUGGAGCAUCUGUACCAAAAGAAUUGCCCUUCAGUUUAUACUGAAUUAGUUAGAAAAAAGACCCCUGUAUAA